CGAAAUUAGGCUAUUUAUUUAUUUUUGAGCCGCUUCCAUUAGAUACCCGAGAAUUGAAAAAAAAAAAAAAAAAUUAGAGCAUCGACCAAGUGUUUGAUGAAAUACCUGAGAAGAGUCUUCAAGAGCUAGUUAAAUUUUAGCAAAAUGGGAAGUGAAGAAAGCAACUUGAAAUCCGAAUGGAAAGACAAAGUUUUUCAGAUAUUCAAAGAAUUUAUGACGAGGUAUGCAAAGCUUGAGGAAAUGGGUGCUUCGGGAAGCAAGUUACUUACUGCGUAUCAGCAAGGACUUGAAUUUCUUCGACGGCCUCCUAUUGAUAAAACAUCUAAGCUGAUUGAGAAUAUUGUUAAAGCUAGUGAAACCCAGAGAGUUAAAUCAUAUUUUGAAGCUGGCUGUAUCAACGUUCAUGACAGUCUGCAAAGUAUGAGCAAGUUGUGCUAUAUCAUGUUACGAGAAAAAAAUAAGUAUUGGCCGGAAGUGCGUACUAGCCUGCUUGGACUUAAUGAUCAUAUUAUUAGAGCCAAAGGCAUACUCAAUGAACUUGAAAGUCUACUGGAAGAUGUAGCUGGUGCAAUUCAAACUGCAAAUGAAUGUUUAGCUCCUUUCUGGGAUAAAGAUGGGGGCAGUGGAUUGGAUCUGCAAGACACUACGGAUAAGAUAAGUACGUCAUGUCAUCGUCAAGGACCUGAAAUGACAGACUUUGCUGCUUUGAUGGGAAUCAUUUACGGUAUGGUGAAGCAGGAUUGUGUCAUGCAGGAAAGAAUUAUUACUAAUCUAAAUCUCAAGUCACUGUCAGGGGAGUUAGAGAGCUACCGCCUAAUGUGGUCUUUGCGCCCUUAUAUAAAUGAUGAAAUCGUGCAUCAAGCUUGGAGACUUAUUCCUUGAGAAUCACAUAUGGUCUUGUGCAGUUUCAAGUAACCUUAGUGGGUUUCUUGAGUGAAAAACUUGUUUGGUAAAAGCUUUUCACUGUUAUUUUAAUGCAUCUUUCAACAGAGUCAUUUCCUUCAUCCUUAUCAUGACCUCGUUAAUUAUUAUAUUGGUUUGCAUUUUUGAAAAUGCUAUAUUUGUUUAUGCUUUUGUGUUGCAUAUAUUAUGUAGGAAUUCUUGAACCCAAGAGUUAAAAAUAAUAAGUUCCUCAUUACCCAUAA